UCCCUGUUUCAUUCAUAGAUGUAGAACGAUUCGAGAACCGAUUUUCGUUUUUAUCCCUCGUCCAAUGUGUAUCGUCUUUUCAUUCUUAUCCUUUACCUCAACCGUUGUUCACGUGAUUCACGAUUCGCCAUUUCAUCCUUCUGAUGAUGGAUUUUGAGAACAUGUGUAUGAAAAUUUAAUCAUCGAUUUAAAAGCAAAAUUGCAUAAUCGAAAGAGAAAACGCUUGUUUUUUUUUUCUUUUUUGAAUUCGAUUUAUGAGUUAUUAGUUACGGUGAAUUGUUCCUUGAGGAAUAAAAAAAGAUUCACAGGAUGAGGAUCUCUUCAACAACGCUGUUUCUUCUAUUGGCCUUCUUGGUUCAGUGUACCGUUUGCUAUGGUGCAGCAACAACUCCAAAUAGAUGUCCCAUGGUAAAGCUGGUGAAUGGAAGAGUUCGAUUGAGGGUCAGAGGAAGGAUCAUCAAAUUUAGUUGUUACGACGGUUUCACUCUUGUGGGUACCAAGUAUGCAACUUGUUUUCGAGGCCAAUGGGAUACACCUACGCCCAUAUGCGUCAAUGCGGAAUGUCCUGCACCACAAAUACCAGAGCAUGCUCUUAUUGUGCCUAAAUAUAAUGGAGCAAUAUUAUUAUAUUUUUGCGAACCUGGAUACACGUUAUUUGGUUCACACGAAAUCUAUUGCAAUGGAAAACAAUGGAAUGGUACAGUGCCUUAUUGUCGAGACACAAAUGCGGCACCCCCGACGCAAUGCGAUUUCGAGAAACCGGAUCUUUGUUGGUGGGAGCAAGAUCCACAGCACGAUUUCGAUUGGCGGCGACACAACUUCGAGACACCAAGCUCUCAUAUAGGAACUGGUCCAACUCAUGAUCACACAUUGGGACCAGGAAAUGAGGGUUAUUACUUGUACAUCGAAGCUUCUGGUCGGCUGCAAAAUGAUUCUGCAAGAAUUAUUUCUCCUAUUUAUAACGCGUCGUACACGGACUCUGGCUGUUUCUCAUUCUGGUAUCACAUGUAUGGAGCAACGAUAGGUGCUCUAAAUAUAUAUUUCAAACAGGAAAACCUGUUGCCUCGUUUGAUGUUCACCAAGGAGGGUGACCAAGGCAAUCAAUGGCUGCACGGUAUUUUCAAUCUUCCCAAGGCUAAAAAAGGUUUUCAGAUUAUAAUCGAAGGGGUACGAGGCAGUAGCUAUGUGAGCGACAUCGCCGUGGACGACAUAGCCAUUUUACAGGGAGAGAAAUGUCGUAUCGAGAAUAAAAAUGAGACCGUGACGGUCACCGAGAGCGACGAUGAUCAAAUCGAACUGGUGAACGCGCAGCAAACUUGCCGUGGAAGAUGUAAAAAUAGUGUGACAUACAAUUUUACAACUUCGAUGCCACCCACGCCGGAAGUCUGUCUCUGUACCCUCGAUUGCGAAGAACAGUCAAUGUGCUGCCCGGAUUACGCGGAGUAUUGUGUUCUAGCUGAGACCGAAGAAAUGAUCACGGCAACGGAACAAAUCCCGACUACGAAUCGCGAAGGGGCAGUUUCCGUUCCACCCGCGAGAAAGAUCACGGUGACCGACGUGGCGACAGUCAGGACAGGUUUCUCGAUAAAUCCAAAGGACGAUAUCGAUCCUGUCACGUUGAGGCCGUCUACCAGCACCACGUUGAAAUCAUCGUCCACGCGGAAAGUGGAGAAAUCGAUGAAAAUUACCAAACCGCCAUUCACAACAACAACAAGAGCAACAACAAGAGCAACAACAAGAACAACAACAACAACUGUCGCAACAACGAAAAUCGCGCAGACAAAGGAGACGCCGUUCGUUCGAUCCACGAGCAUCACCGGAAGAUACGGUUCUGUGAACGAGAAACCUGAUUCAGAUAUGAGGAGGCAAGAUCCUGAAAUACAUCGGGCUUCGAAGUUCAGCUUGCCAGGGAUAAUCGGUGUAGUGGUCGGAAUUCUAACCGGAGUGGCGAUUUCAUUAUUGGUCGCAACCAUAAUCGUCAGACGAAGAAAAACGUACAAACGUGGAACUAAUGGAUCGGCUCUCUCGGAGGAUAGCGACGUUCGAUUUUUAACGUCGGACGAGAUUUUGGAUUUCACGUUAGCCAGACCCAGUGAUGAGACGUAAGAAUUCUUUUUUUUUAUUUUUUAUUAUUUUUUUUUUUUUUAUUAUUAUAAGAGAGAAAGAGGAAACUCGUGGUUAUGGGAAGAAAAUUAUUGAAACUUGCUCUGAAAGUUCCAUGACUCGUGACUGUAUGUAGGACGUACAAAAUCUAUUUCUGCAAAAGUAUUUAAAUCUAAUUAAGUAUUAGUUAUUGUGUAUUUAAUAAGGAAAUGAAAGUAACGUAAUCAGUUGUUGAUGUAAGAUGUUAGAUAAGGUCUUUUCUUUUUUUUUUUCUUAUUUGAUUAAUAUCGCAGAUAUAUUUUACUGUGUGAUGAUUUUUCGAUGAAAAGAAUAUUUGCAAUGUAUAGUACUACAGAUUGCUUCUUUUUUUUUUUUUUUCGAAAUAAGAAGUUUUAUGUGCCAUUGAUAUUUCGUUUCGUAGUAUAUAUUAGACAGAUCGACGAUUUAUUGAUAUUUUAGCAGCGAUUAAGACUAACGUAUUGUAUAUAGUAACGAUAUUUGUUAUAACCGAAGAGUUGUGUAAACGCGAAAUAAACAUUGAUAUUAUUUAA